GCGUAUACCAAACUGAUGGCAUGCCUCAAGGGACUGAACUAGUCGUAGAGCAGCACUCAUAGCAUGUGAUGUUUGUGUGAGAUCUUGACAGGCCUUCCUCCCUCGUUUGUGAGAUUAAAAAGAGACCGGAAGAUCGUUGCAACACUUUGCAGAGGUCAUAAAUAACAUCGGACCUAAGCUUGAACCAUACUACGAGAUUGACCAACCUUACAUUAAUUUGUCUUCGUACAAUCUUUUGAGCAAUCUUUCAUGCAUGGUACUAUUUCUUCAGCUAGAGCUUCUUCGCAGUCAGACCAAAAUAGGUGACAGUACCUGCUGAUUGUAAUGAGUGUAGCCCCGUCUGAUACGAUCAGAGGCUUUAAGAGCACCGAACAUGAAGAUGAUGUUCGUUGGAGGGCUACUUCCACUUUGUAGUAUGGAGGUGGAAACGAGAUUUGACUUCCAUCUAGAACCAGCAUGGCCAGGGCUCAGGGGACCACGCUUUGAACACCCUGCACUGAAUUUCAUAUUGGGCAUUGCAUGCGUCUCACCUCCAGCAGGGCAGUCCAAAACAGAGGGCCCUCGGUGUCCAAUCGCAAGAAGCGAGCAGCAUGCUGCAUCUACUUCAAUUUCAGGCCAGCGGCAAAUUUUACAGAUCACAUACCAGGAAAUUCUGGUUGCUUUCUGUUUACCUCACUGGCUGAUAAUUAUUCAUCGACCAGGAUCCAGCAAGAAUGCUAUUGGAUCGUUUCCCGCGGAGUCUGAACACGCUUGCUCUGCGUAGGUCAGAUUGAAGUCUAGACGACUAAUUGGGUUCUUAAUGGAUCCGUCCCAAAUUGCUUGUUGUAAACUCGUUGUACAGUUGUACUAAAGACGUACUCCUUCACAUCCAUGCAACAAUUUACAUGACAGUGGUGCAUAUUUUCUUACAGAUAUCAAAGGUUCGGAGUUUCACAAUGGAUUUGUCCACCCACGAAUCUAAGAGCAAAGAAAAUAAAUAAAAGGUACCAGGGGCUCCAACUAAAAUAUGCUAACGAUCUGGUGUCACUCAAGAUCCAAAGAAUGAGCACCUUCUAAUGAUUGAGGUGGAUUCGGCGCUAGGUCCUCACAAAGUAAUCUUGUAAACAUCUAGGUCGGAUGCUGCAAUACGUUCAUGAACGGAUUUUGUUAAUAUUAUCAACUACUGUUAUUGAAACAUUCAGAGAGAUGAUACAAUCAGUUAAUUUAGAUUGAUAUUACUAUUGCCCUUGUUUCACAAUAUAAUGAGUAUCC